ACAGAGCUUCAGACUAUUUCACAUUUCAUAAUUGGACCUGCUGUGCUUCCGCGGAUCAACAGGUGUCGGAAGGCAUGGAGCUGAGGCUGAAAUGUCUUGAGUCGAAACAAACCUUCGCAAUCCAACUGCCCCCUGACUGCACUCUCCUUCAGCUCCAACAAUCCCUUUCCCUCUCGCUUUCUCCUCCCCCUCCUUCACCGUCUUCUCUCCGUUUCUCUCUUAAUUCCCGGGAUCAACUUCUUUCCCCCUCGUCUCCCGAUGUGUCGCUUGACUCUCUUGGUUUCAUCGCUGGUGGCCUCCUCUACUUUUCCCUCAACCCCAAUGCUUUCUAUCAUAAUCCUCAACCCCUAACCCUUGUUCAAGAAUCGCCUCCUACACACGAACCCGUCACCGGUCGACAAAUUCAAGAAGAACCCAUGUUGAAAACUACGAAUUUCGGGAUUAAUUUCCCAAAUCAGGAAACUCCAAUCUCAGGAUUGCCUCAAAAACUGGAUCUUGGAUCGAAUUAUGGCCAAAUUUCUCAAGGGACUCAUAUGCAGGGCAUGAAUUGCCCAAACCAACAAACCCCGCUUCAGGAUUUGGCCGUGCAAGAAAGUCUGAGUGAAGAAUUUUCCCACGAAACCAGGGAAACUGCAUAUGGUACGGUUGUGGAAGCAGAAACCAUGGAUAUUGAUGGUACUUCGGGUAUUAAGAAGUUUUCUGAGCCGUAUUUCUUGAGGAGGGUGUUAAGAGAGGAGUUAGGCAAUGAUGGCGGUAAUCACAAGCCCUUGAUGAUUGCGGUUCACGCUGUUCUAUUGGAAUCCGGCUUCGUUGCGUUCGAUUCAGUCUCUGGGAUGCCAGUUGAUCGGUUUCAUCUAGCAGUUGAACGCCCCUCUUCAGCUUUUACAGUCUCCCUGUGGUAUUCCCUGCCUGAACUUUUGACUAGUAGCAAUUCUGGUUCUAAGAUGACUGAUUAUGUUGUUAUAAGGUUCCAAAAUCUAGGCCAUUUCAUCAAUGUUUAUGGGCGUUUGGCUAAAGGGGGUUUAGUGUAUAGGGUGUGCUUGGAUGAGUGUAGGUUUGCACCAACUUUAGACUCAAUAUGGGCAAAUUAUGAUGAUAAGAAUGUUAGGAUGGAUGAAGAUGUUUAUUCGAAGUCUUUUCCGAAGAAUGAAGUCUUUAAGUUUUGCAGAAUUGUGAAGGAGGGGCUUGCUUUGCCAUUAAUGAUUGAUCUUUGUGAAAGUACUGGUCUUGCUUCCCCUGCAUGCUUGAUGCGUCUCCCACCUGAAUUGAAGCUCAAAAUUUUGGAGUUACUCUCUGGUGUUGAUGUUGCUAGAAUGGGGUGUGUUUGCACCGGGAUGCAACAUUUGGCUUCCAAUAAUGACUUGUGGAAGCAGAAAUUUACAGAGGAGUUUUGGGAUGAGACAGCAGCACAGGGAAUGGUGAAUUGGAGAGAUAAGUUUGCGACCUACUGGCGUAGGAGAAAGCUGGCAGCGCCAGAAAUUAGCAUGUGCUCGUAUCAUGCUGUUGGGAGUACAAUUCAUUUCCCGUUUGGGGGGGACUCCUAUCCACUUGGGUAUCCUAUUCUUCCAAAUGUUCCGUACCACACCAAUCCAUUCGGGGUUCUUCCAGUUAUUACAUGUGGAUGUGGGGAUUAUAUUAAUGACCUCUUUCCAGGGCCUGCUGUCACUUCUGCUCUUGCACAAACUGGUCCAGCAGCAUUUGCUCCAUUCGGACAACAGACUUUUUGGCCUCAUUGUAAACUAGGAGGUAGACAUUUUUUUUUAUGAACACCUAGGAGGUAGACAUAAUGCCUAGUAUCUCAACUAAAUAAGUUGGAGGUUUGUUAAAUACCAUAUAUUUACAUAUAUAUGUAUAUAUAUCAAUAAGUAUAUUGCCAGAGCUCUGCUAGACAGGAAAUAGCAGAAAUAUGAUCUAUGGCGUUAACAAUUGUGUUGGUUUUGAUGUUUGCCAGUGAAUCAGAAUACAUGUUGGUGUCUGUGAAUGACCUUUGUCUCUUUCAAUAAAAUAGUUUCCUAAUU